GAGUGUGCUACAGAAAACUUUAGUUUAGUUCUACUAAGAAGCUGACUCUUGCCAUAACUAUCCUGAUUUGCGAAGAUAUUUUUUUUUUUACUUUAAAAAUCGUACUUUAACUAAGCUUGAAAAAAAUGUCUUUCCAGAAAUAUGCUACCGGUCGCUUAAGAAAAAGGUCCUCAACGUCUUUACCCUCUGGAAGUAAUGAUAACUCUAAUUUAACGAUAAAUCUGGAUGAAAGCGAUCGUGAUUCUGUGAUUGAGGUCAGUCCGAUGCGGGCAACAUCCUCAAAAGAAACGAAUGUUAUAAGAGCUUGCAGGAGACAAAGCAGCAAUGACCCUGUCGUUGUCUAUGCCAAAAACGUAGAAGAAAGUGUUAAAAUUCCUCACUUCAUGGCCCUUCCAGAGAUAGAGGAAGACUUCAUAAGUCUGAGCACAGGUCCUAUAAAAAAAAAGAAGAGAGUUACAAGACAAAGUGUAUCUCCUGCUAAGCCAGCUCUAAACAGAAAUGUCACUAACACUAAAGCCGCCUUAAAAAAACUACCAGCAAGUCAACAUCAAAAUCCAAUGGCACUAGCAGGCACAAUGAAUAAUACAGCUGGAAGGAAGAGAAAGAAAUUAGAUGCUUCAAUAGAAUGCUUGGAAUUGGUCAGCAGUAAGGGAAGCAGCAUCAAUGGCAGUCAUAUUGCACCGGUUCAGAUAACUCCGUAUACAAAGAGGCCCCCCUUGAAAGCCAAGCGGAGAAACCAGAACUCCGGCCUUCCAUCAAAACAAGCUCCAAGAAAAGAACUGCCAAAUGCUCCACCUUUAGUUCCUCUAAACACACAACCAGAUAAUGACGACGAUGACUGUAUUGUAAUUUGGGACUCUGCUGAUGUGCUAUGCCUUUCUCACAACAUUGCACCAAAUGUGGCUAAGAACCUGGUCACUCUUUUUGACAACGAAAACACCAUUCCUUUCAUUGCUAGAUACAGGCGUGGUCUUACCAAUAAUAUGGAAGCUGAGCAACUUCGUUUUGUUAGGGAUGCCUACGAGGAACUAAAACUUGUUAGAGAGAAGGCUAAGACUGCCAUUAACAAAGUAUGUGCAUCUGGACAGCUGACAAAAGCUUUAAAGAAAAGCAUUCUGGCCUCGAAGAGCAUCUCCGAACUUGAGGACAUAAUGGUACAAUUUAAAACUCGUGGAAAAGGGACACUAGCUGAAAGAGCGCGAAGUGUUGGUUUGGAAGAGCCAGCUUUGCAGCUGCUUCAUGGAACUGCCCAUGUUGAUUUGAACUCUUUGGUUCAGCCAAAUACUGAUGGACUGAAAAAUGUCAAAGAAGUUGAGCUUGGUCUGCAGCACAUUAUUGCAGAGGUAGUUAGCAAACACGAAAAGAUUUUAGAAUUCUCAAGGAAUGGAUGCCAAGAUGAAUUGUACGUCAAGAGCAAAAAGAUGAAAAUCACAAAAAAGUCUUUGCUGGACGAAAAGAAGCAUGAGAAGAAUGUCCACAAGUUCAAAGAGUUCUUUGAAUACAGUAUCAAUGUCAAGAACAUACAGCCACACACAACAAUGGCUCUAAAUCGUGGUGAGAACUUGAAGAUACUUUCAGUUAAAAUCGAAGCACGGCCGACUGUGGCAACAUUUUUUAACGGACUCUGUCAAGGAGUAUUUUUGAGCUCUGGCGUUUCAAGUGCAAUGCGCUGGAAUAUUUGCAAAGCAGCAUUUGAAGAUGCAUGGGAUAGACUUGUUUUUCCCGCUAUUGCUAGACAAACUAGAGCCGAGUUAACAAAAAUAGGGGAAAAGGAGAGCUUGGACGUGUUUGCUUCAAACCUCAAGCAAAUACUACUGGCUCCUCCUCUAAAGGGUGCAACAGUAAUGGGCAUGGAUCCUGGAUUCUUGAACGGCUGUAAAGUUGCUAUCGUCAGUCCCUCAGGAGAGGUGAAGCACGCAGAUGUUAUACAUCCUCCCCUCAAUGGAAGAGAUCCAUUUGGACCAGCUGCUAAAAAAGUUUGUGACAUGGUCAAGAAGUUUGGUGUAAAGGUUCUUGCUUUGGGUGACGGUACAGCAAGUGCAGAAACAAGUGCCUGGAUAGGCAGUUUGAUUGAUGCCAAAGCGUUCCACCCAGUAGACGUUUCCUAUACCGUGGUUAGCGAGAGAGGCGCCUCGGUCUACUCUUGCAGUCCUGUAGCCAAAGAGGAGUUUCCCAGCAUGGACCCCAACAAAAUAAGCGCAGUUUCCAUUGCCAGACGCCUUCAGGAACCUCUAGCUGAGCUGGUCAAAGUAGAGCCUAAACACUUGGGGGUUGGUAUGUACCAGCACGACCUGGCAGACUCAAAACUGAAGUUGACCUUGGACGAAGUAGUACAAGAGUGCGUCAGUUUUGUUGGAGUAGAUGUGAACACUGCAUCAUUGUACUUACUGCAACGAGUGGCUGGUCUCAACGAAACCAAGGCCAAAAAUCUUCUCCAGUGGCGAAAUGAAAACGGACCCUUUACAUCUCGUCAGCAACUUCUGAAGGUUAAGGGCAUUGGUCCAAAGACCUUUGAGCAGUGUGCAGGAUUCAUCAGGGUCAUUCCUUACAGCAGAGCAGGAUCCUGGACUGAGAACAAAUCGCAGGCAACUUCGAAAACAAAAGUCAAAUUAGAAAAGGGCAGCAUGCCUAAUCUAUUGGAUAGCACUAAUGUCCAUCCCGAGGCCUAUUCGUCUGCCUUAGAGUUGAUGAAACUGAUCAGUGUUGAGCUUGAAGACCUUGGAAAGACUGAAUUUAUUACAAGCAUAAAUAACUUUCUUCGCAGGGAAGAUGUGUCAAGCAUAGCAAAGAAAAUCAAAGUGGAGGAUGAACAGGCUGUCUCGCAGCUGGCUGAAGCAUUGACUCAGGGGCCAGCGUACGACAUUCGAGUGAAGAAUUCUGGGCCAGUUUUCCGAAGGGGCUGUACUAAAAUUGAGGAUGUCAAAUGUGGAGAAAAUUUUACAGGCUCUGUGCAAAAUGUCACAACAUUCGGUGCUUUCAUUGACAUUGGUGUAGGGACAGCAGGACUGUUGCACAUAAGCAAGAUGAGAGGAACGGCUUUGCAAGUUGGGCAAAGAGUGGAGGUUAAAAUAAGCACUCUGGAUGUGCAAAGGAAGCGAAUUGGGCUUGUUUUCCAGUAACAGAGUUAUAAUGACAACGAUCAUGUCGAUCUAUAUAAUUAUAUCAUACUAAUGAGACAUUAAAAUACAAAGUAUGAUAUUUAUUUUUGGAAAAUAAUUGUUAAUUUUUAUAAUUGGGAAUUUUUAAAAUCACAAAGUCUUUUUCAUUACGUUAGUACAUAUUCAUCCGUAACUAUUUUUCACAGAUAAAAAUAUUGAAAUCAAACUUAUUAUAUUUCAAAAUAUCCCAAGCGAAAUAUUAUAUCAAGAAGUCGCAAGAAGUAUAUAUAAAACAUUUUAUACUUCUUGAUAGAUACAUGCGUACGUGUGAGCACCAUUAUCUAAAUAUUUACAUGUACCUUAAUAUGAUCAGUACUUGUAAAUAUUUAGAUAAUCGUAUUACAGAUGGAGAGAUGAAGCACUAAAAUGUAAUUCUCAUAUGAUUGUUAGUGUGCGUGUGUUUUUUCUGUUCAAAUU